CUGCUCGCUUCCUUGGCCUUUGACGUUUCUGUUCUACAAAUUUGAACUGAUUUGUAAAGCCGAAAAACAGGUACGUUUAUGUUUUUAUUGUACUAUUUUUAUGCACAAAUACAAGCUGUAUAUAUCUUAUUGAUGGCCUUGUCAGAUAAUGUGUUAUAGUGUGUUUAAUUGUGGUUUUAUUAUGCCGAAUGUAUUGUGGCUUCUGACCGCUUCGCUUCCUGGAUGGACAAAUUUCGAUACAGCUUUGAGUUUUAUUAUAAGUUUAUUGUUACAAUUGGCAGGAAUAUAGACAUUUAAUUGGAACUGGUUUCAAGUAGAAAUAUAAGCUACAUUUUGUUUAAAUGGAAACAGCAAAAUUUAUAUUACCAAAGCCAAUAUUACGCUUUUUUGAAAGCAAGUCACCGAUGUGUGCAAAAUCUGUAAUUUCGCAUUCUCGAUAUAUUUCUAUAGCAAGGUCAUAGAUUAUAAUUAGUACUGAAACAAAGCUGUGUCUUAAUGUUUAGCUUUUAAACUAAAGUUUGUGUCAACUGUUUUCGAGGAGAAACUCGGAAAUUAGCCAGAAUUUAUAUUGUCCUAAAAUAGUUCGAACUUUCCGCUAAUUUCGAUCCAUAUUGGCGAAUUUCGUCCUUAUAUAAAAUCCGGUGUUUAUGAAUAGGAGAAUAAUUUAUGAGGUCUAUGAGUAUUUCCCAUGAUUAGUUUACAUCUUUGUGGGCUUUGUACUCUACAGAAACAGCUUUAUUAUUUGAUUGACCACAUAAUACAAAUAUGAUAUUUUUGCUGCCUAAAGACGGCCGGAUAUAUUCAUCUGAGCAAGUACUGUAUUAUAAAUGCACUAAAAAUAGUUGUCCUCGAUGAUAAUUUGAAUAAUAAUGGGAUUUUGGUUUUAAGGCGUAUGACGAGUUUCAAUUUUUUUCCGUUUCAAUUUGCAAUGCAAUUAACAUUGUUUGUGGCAAUUAGAAUUUUCUAGGUAAACAUUCCAAGUUGUAAUAAAUUAUUUGCCUCAAAAAUGUCAAAUGUCUGGUUUGCAAGUUAAGAAUUCGAAAGCUUGCAAUAAAUUCAGCUAUUUCUUGCAUCAAUUUAUUAACAUCUAAUUGUGAUUAGAAUUAAAAAUUUAUAAUUAUGGAGUUGAUAUAUGAUUGGAUAUUGCACCUUUCUUGUUUAUUUAGGCGAAAAUGCCGCCUGGAGUUGACAAACAAUCAUCUGGUGCUAAAGUAGUCAAAGAGGGAUGGUUGCACAAGCGAGGUUUGUUGUUCUCAACAUCAUCGAUUAAACUAUUACCGUUUGCAAGCUUUCAUGAAGCAUGUAUUUGAAACUAGGUUUCAAAACAUUUCUUACCUGAAGUUUGUCAAUCGAAGCUUUUUGUUUUGCCCUACCUGCAUUUUUAUAUACCUGUAACACUUGCAUUUCCUUUACUGGAGCCAUUUUCCCUUGAUUUAGCCAGUAUGAAACAUUCAAGGGGGCAAGGGGGGGGGGUCUCGUCACGAAAUCACGAAGAUCAUUUUUCGAUUUCACGAGUCAUGAAAAACAAAAUUUCAUUUUCACGAUUUUUAGAAACACAGAAGCAUAACAAAGUCUGAAACCAUUUAACACAUACUGACUUUAACAUUAGAGCCGUUUAAAGGACAAUGGAAAUCAUUGCGAGGCAUUACGAGCAUCGUACAGUGGUUCACGAAGUUUACGAAGAGGUACGAAGGUAUACGAUAACGACGUUUACCGAUGAAACCUCGACCUCAAGUUAAACGAAGAAACCUCAAGAAAGACAACCGCGGGAAGCAAAUUUAUAAAUUUUUCCCCAUAAUAUUACAUUUGGGCCGAGUUUAAACGUAAAUAUUCACAAGUUAGGGUAAAAUAUUUGUAAAUUCAAGACCAUAGCUAGCCUUUUAGCUCUUCACGAUUCAUGGAACGCAUAUUAAUCACGAUUCACGAAAUGGUAUUUCUUUAAAUCACGAAGCACGAAUAAUUGCUAAUCACAAGUCACGAAAAUACCCUUGCCCCCCCCCCCCCCUUCAAAGGUAAAAAUUUUGCAUGCAAAAGAAUUCCUUUGAUGCCAAACCCACAAAUGUUAUUUUGUCAAAACAAAAAGUUUUGGUUGACAAACUUUGCAGGAGAAAGAUUUUUGAAACAUGGUUUCAAAUGCACACUUCAAGGAUGCCUGCAAAUGGUAGUAGCUUUAUUUAUGGCUCUAUCAUUUCUAGACUGUUCUCCUUAGAGGUCCAGUAAAGGGCUUAACCCUUUACAGGUAAACUACAUCAAGCGUUCGUCUUUUUAGAUCCUAACUUGAUUGCAAUUAUCCUCAUUACCUUUGCAUAUUUGAAAAACUCCCUUGCAAACAGAAGAGGAAGUUAGGAACUUGUAACAGGAAUUUAAGAACUUCUGACAGGAAUUGAGGAAAAUUUAUGUAAUUGACUUCAUGCCUGUCAGGUGUUGGGAUUGUUUACGUUUUGAACCGCUACAUUUGUAAAAUAUGAUAUACUAACUGAAUAUCUAACACAUUUCUGGUUUGCUACGGUUGUAAAUAAAUAUAAAGAAGAUACGUUUCAAUUAAAAAAAGUUUGAAAGAUGCAAAAUUUGGGCAAUGUUUAUAUCUGGGGGUUCCCCUUUGUUAUGAGCAGAACUGAUGCGCAGAAUGGAGUGGAAAUCAUCUUUAAAAAAAGUAGAAAAUUUCAAUUUUUCUAAAUACAUUUUGCAAUAUUUACCAACCAGAUUUAAUAAGAGUCGUACUCAAGACGUAAAUGAUGCCAUCAAAAACUUAAGAUUUCCUGUUCUGUGGUCGAAUUUUAUUCAUCAGCCGACAAUCUUGUCAUCUUGAUAAUAAUAUGAAAAUUUUCGAACAAUUGGGUUUGAGCAAAUUAGCGGACACUCAAUUUUGACAAUAUGAAACAUAACUCAAAAAAAUUCUUUUGUGCCCGGUCCCCCUGUCGCAAUUUGCAAGCUUCAAGCAAAGCGGGCAAGUUUGGACCAUGCAAGGCUAACUGCUAAAAAACUCAAUAUACAUGCAUGAUUGGCUUUUAGGAACAUCAGCAAACUUUACUCAUCAAGACAAGAGUGCUGCCACUCAGUGGGCUAAUUUGUUAUUGGUCUAAUGUUACUACAGGAAGAAACCUAAACUACAUAUCUAACUUUAUUGAUACUGGAUAGUUCUAUCAGCUUUAAACUGUUCUUCUAAGAAGUCCAUUUAUUUAAUUAAGUUGCAUUUCACUAAAUACGGUACCUUAAUAUUUUUGUGACAAGAAAAUACACCCUUCCGGAAAGUAUAUCACUUUUGUGUAUUUGAGAUCAGUUAAAUCCAAGCCCCUCAAUCACGAAAACAAGACUCUAUAGCCAAAGUGAUAUACUUUCCAGAAGGGUCUAUUCUACUCAUCAAGAGGGGAGUGCUAGUGCUUAAUGGUCAAACAGUCAACCUUGGCAAUUUUUGUGAUUGGUUGAUGUGUAGCCAAAUUAUAAUCAUACAACUGCAAAUUGCAGGAGACGUCAGUCAGUAGCACCAUCAGGAUUAUAUUUUAGGGAUCAAAUUUGUGAGUCAACAUAUUUAGAGGUGGGGGGCAGCCACCCUACCCUUGCCCCCCCCCCCCCUGCUUGGUGGCACCACUGCUGUCAGUGAUACCAAACCAGUAUUUAAAAAAUACACUUAUCUUUCAUGUAGGUGAAUACAUAAAAAAUUGGCGCCCACGAUACUUUCAGCUUUGGAGUGAUGGAAGUUUCCUCGGGUAUAAAGACCCUGCCAAGACAGACGAAGAGCCUCUGAACAACUUUACCGUUCAAAGUAAGUACUCAACCAUCUUAGGCAUAAAGGGGAUUGAUUUGAAAUUCUUUUUGAGGACCAUUAGAGAAUAUAACAUAAUUUGUUGUUAGAAAAUUUUCUUGACUUUUCCCAGCAUUUGACUGAAUUUCCAUGGAUUUCUAAGUUUUUGGGUGGGGCAAUUGUUGACUUAGGAGAGUCAUGUGCAUUAAUGGGUUAAUCAAGCUAUCUGCCAAUGUGCCUAAUUGUUAACCAUUAGGCUGCAUUGCUUCCAAAUGCGCAUGACUUUACUAUUUCCCAUUGUAACACAGGGUUCCCAAGCUAUUUCACCAGCUAUUUCUCCUGACUAUAAACAAAAUAUUUCUUCCUUACAAAAGAAAUGGGAAUAGGUUUAUAUAACAUAAAUUUUACAUAAUAUUCUUCGCUUUAUAUUUGGAUAUGACAAAAUCUGCAAAACUACUCCAAAAAAAUUGUCACAGGGAGAUGGCCCGAACCCCCCCCCCCCCUCUUUGGUGAGAUACAUUUGGCACUACAUAACUGCACAAGUCACCAAAUUCCAUUGGAAACCCUGCUAAUGCCAUACUAUUUUACUCUGUCUUAAGCCCAAGUCACACUACACAACAAUAAUGAUACGAAAACUUGUAAACACGCAAUGAUUGGUCAAAAAAAUUAUGUUGGUGUCCACACACAAUGAAAAUAAUAAAAUUAUCACUUGAUGAUAAUGAUUUUAAAAUUGCUCACCCGAGCGAUUUUUUUCAGUCGGACAAUAACGAUAAAUUUUUUUACCAAUCAGUGCACAUAUACAUGUUAUUGACAUCUUUGUGUAGUGUGACCGGGCCUUAAGGCCAGAUCGACAAUUGAUGGCAGAGUCUUGCACAUUAUUUGUAACUGGUUAAAUAUUUACAUAUUAAUUCUUUCAUUUUCAGAAUGUCAAAUAGUUAGGGCAGAGAAACCAAAACCUCACUCAUUCUUUGUCAGGUAAAAUAAAAAUACUUUGUUUCACUUUCACAUUUAUUGCUUGUAACAUUGAAACUACUGUACGUGUAUUAACAUUUGUUUCACCUCAGGUGUUACCAAUGGACCACUCUUGUUGAAAGGCUUUUCCAUGUCGAAACUAAUCAUGAAAGGUACGUGUGAGUUGACGCAGUGGCGGACACUUCGCAAAUGGGGGGAUUUUGGUUGAGAACAUAUGACCACCUUUUGUAGCUGGAAAUUUUGGUUCUUUAAACUUUUUUGCCUUAAAUUUCAUGGAAAUAUAGCUUUAUUUAUUUAUAGCCUACUAAUGCUUUCAUGCUUCAAGUAUUAUUGUUACAAUGUUGUUACACUGUUAUCCAGCUAUUGUUCAAAGGCUUUCAGAAAUCAUUGGGGCAGUUACCCCUCCCCCUCCCCCCUCCAAGUCUGAUACAGUCAUGGUAUAACAGGAAUGUUACAAGGUUGACGACACAAGGUUGUAACUGUUGGAACAACCUUGCUACAAGUUUGAUAAUAUCAGUCAACAAGGUUGUUACAAGUUGUUGGCAGACUUGCUACAAGAUGUGAGAUUUUUACAUGUGGCUGGAUCGUUUAUCCUAUAAACACACAAACCAAAUUGUAUAUACAAUAUGUUAACAAAAGGCAUGCAGAUUACGGACGUGGCUAACAUGCGAGUUUCCUUUGUUAGACAGGCUGGUACGAACAAGGCACUAGUCUGUCGGUCACUCACUCUGCCUAGCUUUCUCUUGUAUAAUCAACCAUACAAUAUUGUGUCCUAGGGAGGAAUGGCUACGAUGUAUCCAUGAGGUAUCAAAUAAUAUUCACGCAAAAGAACAAUCGCUACCAGAAGAAAAGCAUGUCUUGGAAGGGAAAAAAAUGGUAAAGGAGACUAAUUGAGAUACAUCAAAAUUUUCCUGUAAUAUCCUGUUUUGAACUUGUAUUAAUUUUUUUAUUAGUCAUUAGAAGAUUUUUCAAUUUUAAAAGUUCUUGGAAAAGGGACUUUUGGAAAGGUAUUGUAUACGAGAUAUAUGUCUAGUGUGGGCUCCAAUCCUGUUGGCUGGAUAUAAUGGGCGAAAGACUAAAUUUUGAUCUAGGCAAGAAGAACAAAAUCCAUCACCACAGCUAGAAAGAGCAUGUUAAAUUAGUAAAAUUGCAAAGUUUGGCCGCGAAAUGUUGUAAAAUGCGGAAAUUAUAUAUAGCCCUGCGAAAUUUGCAAAUUUUGUAUUAAUUUGUAUUACGCGCGGGAAAAUGCACCGCAUUUGGGCCGAAAGUGGUGCAAAUUCCCGCUCGUAAUACAAAUUAAUACAAAAUUUGCAAAUUUCGCAAGUCUAUAUUUUCCGCAUUUUACAACAUUUCGCAACCAAACUUUGCAAUUUUACUAUUUUUAACAUGCUCUUUCUUUCGGAUAUAAUUUUUGCCCUUUUUCAACAUUUAGUUAAUUUGUUUUAGGUUAUGCUUGCUAAACAGAAAAGUUCUGGUGAACUCUUCGCUUUAAAAGUUUUGAAGAAAGAAGUGAUUGUUGCAAAGGUGAACGUUGUAUAAUUAAAAAUUUUGCAUACAUUUUUUUGAAUUUUGUAUACUGUUUAUAUUUUGUAUUUUGUAAUAAGUGUGUAUUCUUUGUUGUUCUAUAGGAUGAAGUCGUUCACACCUUAACAGAAAACAGAGUAUUACAACAGUGCAAACAUCCGUUUUUGACGGUAAGCUAGGUAGAGCCUCACAUUGGUCAAAUUUAGCAAAAUGUCUCCCACUCGUGCGGGCUCGUAUUGUCCGCGGACAUUUUACGGAAAGUGGCCAGUUAUUUGAAAAAUGCGAAAGUUCUGCGAAAGUUUCAAUUUUUCACCGCAGGUCCGCUGAAAAUGCGAGCCUGCGGUACUGGGAGAAAAUUUGCUGAAUAUGGCCAGCGUGGCCUGUAUCAUAAUGUGGAGCGGUCAAAUUUUUCCCCAAGAGAGAAGGUUGAUUUGUUUUUUGCGAUUAGCUAGGGCAUUCGCUGCAUCCUUGAAUGAAUCCUUGAUGUCAUCUUUGUCAAAUCUCGUCGAGUGUUUACAGGAAUGGCGAAACUUAGAGCAUUGACUUUUCUUCGGAUUUGGGUGACUAAUUUAAAUGAGCCUUUCUCACUGCCAAUUUUUGGGGUACUACCUCUCCCACAUUUGAGAGUCUCCGCGCCACGAAAUGCAACUUUUUAGUAUUAUAUAGUUGUUUGUGUGUAAUGGUAAAUUUACAGUUCAACUUUUAAAAGUCGCUGUUCGCGUUGUUUGAAUUGUCUAUAGAAUCUUUCACCAAGGCAGACAGUGUACCACAAAUGGCGGAUUUGGGCCUUCGUGAGAAAGGCUAAUUGUGAACAAAGUCAUGCAAAAGCCUCUUUCGAACAAACUAUUUAAAAGCCUAGUUUUCAUAUGUCGCCAUCCAUCGGCAAUGUUCAACUAUACUGUUUAUUGCACCCUUACCUCAAUGACCUCGUCUUCAUGUGAUUAUUUUCUCAUGUUUCAUGUUUCAUGCAAAUAGGAUUAAAAAGAGAAACAUUAUACAAAUAAUAAAUGUUUAUGAGUGCAAUGGUAAGAAUAUUAAGGGCCCACAGUAAUUGGUUUUAACUGUUGUGGUGUCCCAGCCAUCUGACUGUAUGUAUUGUACUGUACUGAACUAUAUAUAUAUACUGUACUGUCUUGUGUUAGAUUGUAUCGUUUUGUUUUUUGUAUUGUACUGUAUUGUUAUUGUUUUGUAUUGUAUUAUAUGGUAUAUAUAUAAAUGGCGAAGUUAUAUAAAUAAAUAAAUAAAUAUUUUCAUGAGGUGAAAGAUGAAAUGUUCCAUUCAACGAGGCGACAGCCGAGUUGAAUGGAACAUUCCAUCUUUCACCGAACGAAAAUAUUCUUACCAUUGCACGAAUAGAAACAUUCAUUAUUUGUUUUAUAUAAUACCAAAAUAGACUAAUAUUAAAAGGUUUACUGUAAGCUCCCGCCAUUUUGACGAGUCGUAUUUGCAUUAAAUCCCAUUUACUGAGUUUCGAAUAUCGGGUUAAAAUAAACUGCGAUCACCGUACGAGAAGCAUUUUGACGGAUGCGAUUUAUCGAAAACACAAAGAGCAUGCAAUGGAAUAAAACGUAUAGUGCAUACAAUUGCACUCGCAUGCAAUAGUGCAAUGGAACGUAUUCCAUUGCACUCUUGGGAAAUGGAAUUUUCUAUUCAAUAUCACGUGACCAUAAACAGCCAAUUAAACGAUCAGAAUUCAAUAAGGUAUUAUAUAAAAAGUAUUCAUGCACAAAACAUGGGGAUAUAACGUUGAUGUGCGCGGCUGUUAUGCUAAAAAAGGCAAAUAUUUCAGUUAUAUUUUUGUAGCAUUCCUUGACAUGACCGGGCAUUCUUUGCAGUGUAAUAUACUUAGGGACCGUUCAUUAUUUAUACCCGGGGUUGGUACCGAAGAGAUAUGGGUUGGGUAAUCAAGUUUUUGACUAGAUCAUGGGUUGGGUAAAAACAUUUAUGGCUGUUUGUCAGCUAUAAAAUAAAAUAAAACCAAAAUUACCAAGCAUUGGAAAAUAUGAAGAAAAAUGUGUACAAUACAUUCUGUACCAAAAUAGACCAUCCGUGAUUGAGGAAGGACUCUAUCAUUGCCAUCAGCAGGAACGUGAUUGCUUUGGCACACUCGGUGAGUUUGAGUGUGAGUGAGCUUUUAGAAUUUAGGCAACUUGAUUUCUGUCACCAUAAUCUUGUGUGUUUAAUUAUUAUGGAGUACAGUAACAUAUGGGUUGGGUAAACAUUAUUUUUACCAUUGUUGAGGUUGGGUAAAUAAAAAAUGUACAGUGUUUUUCGCUUCUCUUCGGUACCAACCCCAAGUAUAAAUAAUGAACGGUCCCUUAUUCCAAUCUAGCUUGUGUUCUGAUUAUUUCUAUUACUUAUUCUUUUUAAAACAUUUUCCAGGAGCUGAGAUAUUCAUUUCAAACACGAGAUAGAUUGGUUUUUGUUAUGGAAUAUGUAAAUGGUGGGGAGGUAAGGGUAACAAUGACUAUAGAUGUAUGUCUUCAAAAAAACACUAAUCCCGUAAAACCAACAGCAAUAACGACAAAGACAAUGGAUCUAUUACCUAAUGAACAGAAUUUUGAUCUGGACAAGUCUAGACAAAAAUGUCAUCACAGCUUGAAAGAGCAUCACAAAAUUAGUAAUAUUCCGAAGUUUCGUUGCGAAAUGUUGUAAAAUGCGGAUAAUAUAGCCCUGCGAAGUUUGCUGUUUUUCAGUCAUUUUGUAUUACGUAUACGGAAAUUGAUACCGCUUUCUGAAAAAAGGUAUCAAUUUCCCGUGCGUAAUACAAAAUGACUGAAAAACGGCAAACUUCGCAGGGCUAUAUUCGCAUUUUACAACAUUUCACAACGAAACUUCGGAAUAUUACUAAUUUUGUGAUGCUCUUACAAGCUGUGAUGAAAUUUUUGUCUACACUUGUCUAGAUCAAAAUUUUGUUCAUUAGGUAGUAGGUCCAUUCUUGGAAUUUUUUUUUUCGGGGGGGGGUGGUGGGGGGCGAAAUUUUCAACAUGUAUGCCAAAGGGGUCUAAGUUAUGCAAAUCUUUCAGAACAUGGACCACUAGCCUGCGGUGCAGACACUUCGUAUUUCAUGAUCAUGAAAUACGAAGCGUCUGCACCGCAGGCUAAUGGACCACUUGAAGAAAUGAAGUUUAUCAGCUUUGCUGUCAUGUGCUGGCCUCAGUCAAUAAAGUUUUAUUAUUAUUAAUAUUAUUAUCAUCUGCCAAUACCAACUGGUCACACUCAUCGCCAUUGCUAAUACCACUCAUUUGCUGAUAUCAAGCAAAAAAUUGUCUAAAAUAUGUAUUUUCCCUAUGUAAAGUACCCUAUUUUUUUUGGAUAUGAAACUGGACCACAGCAUUUCAUGUUCGGUCUUAUUCGAAAAAACUGUCCUGCAUUUACAAGUUACAACAAAAUUAUACAGUCUUUAAUUAUAGAAUAUGAAACUCAGAGAUCAAAACUAUUUAACCCUAAUUUUUUUGGAAUGUUAUUUUAUGUUACAGUUAUUCUUCCAUCUGUCAAAAGAACGUGUAUUUAGUGAAGAACGAAGCAAAUUCUACGCGACAGAAAUUAUCCUUGCUGUGCAAUAUCUACAUGAGCAAGGCGUGGUGUAUAGAGAUCUCAAGGUAGUUCUAGUUCAUUUGAUUAUCGAUCAAGGCAAGAAGAACGAAACCCAACACCACAGCUGGAAAGAGCAUCUUAGAAUGAGUAAAACUGCAGAGAUUGGUUGCUAAAUGUUGUAAAAUGAAGAAAAUAUAGCCCCGUGAAGUUCGCAAAUUUUGUAUACACUCGUAAAAAUAACCAUUUUCGGCUCAAAAAUGGUUAUUUUUCACGCGCGUAAUACAAAUAUAUACAAAAUUUGCGAAUUUCACAGGGCUAUAAUUUCCUCAUUUUACAACAAUUCGCAACCAAACUUUGCAAUUUUACUCAUUUUAAGAUGCUCUUUCCAGCUAUGGUAAUGGUUUCGUUCUUCUUGUCCAGAUCAAAAUUUAGUCUAUUGCUGGUAUCGUCCAUCAUACUUGCAGUUAUUAAAAUUAAGAAUUAAAUUUUGGAUAUUAAUAUUCCAGCAUGUAAGUGGUUGUAAUCCUUUACCGGCUGAUAGUUUCAGCAAAUACAAAACUAAUGUUAUUCCAAGACGAUUCAGCUUGCCCGGUGUGGAUGCACACUCAGAGUAACAUCACAAACAUCAUAUUUACCUGAGUAAAAACUGUAUAUUUCGAAUCUAUUUUGAUUCAUCUUCAGCAGUAUCUUCACAAGAUAACUUGAAAAGAUACUGCUGAAGAUACCUUGUAAAGAUACUGCUGAAGAUGAAUCAAAAUAGAUUCGAAAUAUACAGUUUUUAAAAUAGAUGUUUUGUUAAAAUACAUACUUUUUUUCGGAAUAACAUUAGUUUUAUGAGUGGUUGUAAAUUGAGCAGAAAGUCGGCGCAUUCAUAGUACGUGAUGCGUAACUAUUCUUCCUGCACCAGUCUGGGGUGGACCCAGCUGGUCAUAUCUGGUAGGGAGGGGUCUGAGCGUUGAUCAUGGCUUGGGGAGGACCGUUGACAGAUCAUUACACCCUCCCUCUAGUGGGGAUACGCUCCACCAUGGAUAUACACACCUCCACCCACCCACUUUGCACGCUCCCCCCCCCCCUCAGCAAAUCAAUCCCUGGCACCAUUAGUUAAUCAAACCAUCAAUCAUUCACAGCAAGAAUUGGGUAUAAUAUCCGACAUGUUUUCCACUUGCUACUUUGGUCAGGUCUAAGUCAUUAAAUGAAAUCCCAAAGGAAAUACAUUCACGGAUGAAACGUAUUGUAUAUUUCAGUUGGAAAAUCUGUUGCUUGAUGCAGAUGGUCAUAUAAAGAUAACAGAUUUUGGUUUGUGUAAAGAAGAAAUUACGUAUGGUGCCACAACCAGGACAUUCUGUGGUACUCCCGAAUACCUCGCUCCUGAAGUAAGUCCUCCAUUUUUUAGCGACAUACCAUUAGCCUGGGUCAAACGAGCUUGAGAAUUGGCGGGGGUUGAUAAACGAGAGUUUCCAUGAGAGUUGACUGGAUAUCAGAUCAAACGAAAGUACUCGAAAGACUAGUGGAAUAGUAAUGUCUUCACGAAACCUAGCAAAAAGUGUAAAGGAGAUUACGAGAGGGAGUAAACUAUGGAGUAAACUCAGUAGAACUUCUGUUAGGCAAAAAAAUACGUGAGUUUCCUGCUUUCCGACCUUACCUAGCUUUUGGGCGCCGAAAUCCUGAUUCUAAACUUUUUUAUUAGAUCAUGCUUGUGGAAAAUGGAAAUUUGAGGCAAUAUUAGGGAAAUGUAUCUUUGGAUGUGGACACACUGACUAAACGAAGUUAACAAACAUGGCGUCCGGCCGCUACCCUACCUAUGUUUUUACAAGAAGAAAUAGGAAACCCACAUAUUUUUUUGGCCUUACAAGGAAGAUGUGAUGAAAUUGCUUUAACAGUUUUUUUUUUAUAUAAACUUUAUUUGAAUGUUUGCCCCGAAAGCCAUGCUUAUCAAGGGGGCUCACAUAUAUCAAGGGGGCUCACAUAUAUCAAGGGGGCUCACGUAUUUCUUAUAUAUCAAGGGGGCUCACGUAUUUUUCCCGUAUUUCUUCUUAUUUUGCCAUGUAGGCACAUAGGGGAAAAAAUUCGUUCAUGAAAUCGCCCGGUCCUAAAUUUGACAACUUUUUAUCGACAAGAUUCCUGACUGUCAAAUCAACCAAACAAAACUUGUAUAAUUACAUUUUCUAUUACUCGCUGAGCUUUAAAACUGCUAUUUGAGCCAUUUGAAAAUUGUGUAACAAACUUUUGAUAUGAUUACGACACACAUAUUUGAUUUAGAAGAGAUAUGUUUUGUUGAGUUUGUCUAACACACACACCUCUUCAAUGUCUUCAGUGAUACACGAACUACACGUAAAACUCGUGUAACUGACAUUAUUCAAAGCUGCGUGUAAUCGUAUGUAAUUAGAAUUUACUUUGUACAAUGCUUCGUGUAGUUGUGAGUGGAGUGCACAAGCACGCAGGAGUCACAAAACCUUUGAGCCCCGCUGUGACUACUCAACUAACUAAAGUAAUCAACUAACCAACUGCUUCGGUCAAUGUAGGUUUUAGAAGACAGUGAUUAUGGUCGUUCGGUAGAUUGGUGGGGUGUGGGGAUCGUCAUGUACGAGAUGAUGUGUGGUAGACUCCCCUUCUACAGUCGAGAUCACGAAGUGUUGUUCGAACUCAUACUUACGGUAAGAAACCGAAGAUGCGAAUAUUUAUGUGUUUUCGUGAUAAAUAGUGAGAAGGUAUUUUUUUGCAAAAAUGUCCAUGCAGGAGGAUGUAAAGUUCCCACAACGUUUGUCGGAUCUAGCCAAGUCGGUGUUGGCGGGAUUAUUGGAGAAGAACCCCAAGAAACGGUAAGUACAGAACCAAACAGCUGUCAGUACUGUCCUCCGUUCAGUUGUAUCUUUCUGAUAAACUGUAACAUUUUCAUUCAAUUCGUUUUGCUCCUCUAGGUUGGGAGGUGAUAUAUCUGACGCUAAUCAAAUUAAAAGACAUCCAUUCUUCACCGAUGUGAGAUGGGAUGAUGUCCUCGACAAAAAGGUUCUUCCUCGCUUUGUAUCAUUGUUCAUUUAUGCUGGAUUAUAUAUUUACGUGAUCUAGUCACUGGUUAAAAACAUAGCCGGAAUUUUGAGUAGGGGAGCCCUCCCCCGAGACCGUUUAACACCUCCUCUGAGACUUUUGCACCUCCUCUGUAUAUUCAUGAUGCACUUGAAAAAUGUUAAAUGGUAGAUCAAAGCACAGUUGCAUAAACUGUAAUCAAGUUCAAAAUUUGAUUCAAACUUGAUAGCUAACUUUAAUGUUUGCAAAUGAUGGAUCAAAAUUUGACUCAAACUUGACUGCUAACUUUAAUGUGUGCAAAUGAUGGAUCGAAAUCAAAAUUUGACUCAAACUUGAUAGCUAACUUUAAUGUUUCCACUUUCCAAUACAAUUAGUAAAAUAGAGCCUGAUACUCAGGCCAAACGGUUCUAACGCAUUGUGCCACCAUGAAUAGCUUUAGCUCAUCUUUCGAUGUACACUUGUUUGCAGAUGAAACCUCCGUACAUACCAUCGAUAAAAGAUGCCCAGGACACAUCUUACUUUGACAGAGAAUUCACGGAACAACCAGCUCAACUCACACCGCCUGGCGCUGGAGGUACGUGGCUUUGUUGUACAGUAACUUACACGGCUUCUAUGUACACCAGACGUAAUCAUUUUCUAUUUGUAAAUGUUAAUUAUCUGUCUACCAUACCGCACCAUGACACCAUACCACAUCACACCAUAUCACACCAUGCCAUACCACAUCACACCAUACCAAUGAUACCAAAUUUACCAUAUACACCUAUGAUACCAUAUACACCUUGCCACGCCACACCAUACCACAUCACACCAUACCAAUGAUACCAAAUUUACCAUAUACACCUAUGAUACCAUAUACACCUUGCCACGCCAUACCACAUCACACCAUACCACAACGUAUCACCAUAUCAUAUCACACCAUGCCACACUAUACCAUACCAUACCACAUCACACCAUACCAUAUCAUACUAUUCCUUGCCACGCCAUACCACAUCACACCAACCACACCAUACUUCAUCACAACUUAUCACACCAUAUCAUAUCGCACCAUGCCACACUAUAUCAUACCACACUAUAUCAUACCACACCAUAAUAUACCAUACCACAUCACACCAUACAGUAGGUACACACCAUACUACACCACACUCGCCUGACUGUUGGAAGUACGUGUUUGAUACAUCUAGGGGCAGAAUGUCUUACCUAGUUGUACACUUAUCUACCAUACCAUACCAUACCAUACCUUACCAUACCUUACCAUAUCAUGUACCAUACCAUAUACCAUACCAUGUACCAUGCCAUGUACCAUACCAUGUACCAUACCAUGUACCAUACCAUGUACCAUACCAUGUACCAUACCAUGUACCAUACCAUGUACCAUACCAUGUACAAUAUAAUACAAUGCCAUACCACACCAUAUACCAACUCGUUCACCUUACUAUAACCGCUCAGCCUUCUGUAAUCUUUACUUUCACAUAGGUGCCCUUGAUGGAAUCCCGGAAGAGGCCGACGCUCAGUUUCAAAAGUUCUCGUACGUUGACACGGAAGACUUGCCGAUAACAUAAAAUAAAUCUCAAUAACUUAUUCUAGUGUUGGCACACAUUCAGGUAAUUUAAUCGUGAGGAAACUUGCGCCAUAAUUUUAUAAUAUAUACUCAUUCAAUGACCAUCUAGAAAUGGUUGCAACCAGAUAAUUGGUUGUUUCAACCUUUCAAUUUUUACAAUGUAGCCAUACAAUGAGUGUAUUUUUCAUAAUAUAACGGGCAAUUUCCCCUUAUAUGUAAAUGAAAAUUGGGGGGAGGGACUGUUCUAGCUAUAUGUUAAGUUAUUAUGCAAUUUAAUUUUUGAAAUCGCUCAUCUUUUUAAGUGAAUUACUUUUCUGCCCAGCGAGUCGGCUAUUAUGUAUUUUGUCGCAUAUUGUACGCUUUGUGAAGUUUUGGAGUGGCAUAAAACCAUGCUCUUCUCUUUCAAAAUAUCUUAAAAAUAGGGAAAGUUAGUGCCACAAAUACUGCAGUAUAAUAGACAUAAGUUCAGUGGCGUAACGCAACCUCCUGAGGCCCCCCGUCAAAUUAAGUGGGCCCUAUUUUUUUCCAAAAAAAGUUGGCCGGGGGAGGAGAAAAAAACUUUCAAAAUUUUUCCCCUCAUUUCCCUAUGUCUACUAAAAAAGGAGUCAUUUCACAAUUCCUGCUUUUGGGGGCCACCCGUUGCAAAUUUUCUGUUUCGGGCCAAUUUGCCGAAUGUACUAGCAAAAAUGGUAUGGUAAUUUUUGCCGGAGGCCCCCCAGGCGUGGGGGGCCCAGGUCUCUGGGCACCCAAACACCCGCCAGUUACGCCACUACAUAAGUUGUAUAUCUUUUAGUAAUUUGCGCUCCGUUUCUCUCUGUCUGAAUAUACAGGAAUAGAAAUAACUCAGUUGAAUUUUUCUAAAACUCUCGCCUCCGUUCAUAUUAUAAUUUAUUUUAAUUUUUCUCGACUCUGUAGGAUUAUACAGAAGUUCUUUUUUCAAUAUUUUAUUAUUUUCUCUACGUUUCGGGGAGUUUAACUGUCCGUCUUCAGGCUAAGAAUUACAAAAAUGACAAAUAAAAAAUAAAAAUAGAAAAAAUUUAAAAAUUGAUGAACAUUUAAAAAAAUGAAAAUAAUAAAACAUUGAGAAAAAAACCUUCCGUAUAAUCCGAUAGAGUCAAAAAAAUUAAAAUCAUUCCGAAACUUUGUGUGAAAUACUUUUAAAUGAAUUUGGAAGUUUUGUAAAAUAAUAAAAUAAUAUAGAUUACUGUACUUGACUAGAUUAGAAUAAACAUGAUUUACCAAUAGCAACAUUUUUUCUUGCUAAAUAUACAUAUGAACCAUUGUACCACGAAGUAUGGUAUCUAAUUAUUGCUAAGAAGUGAUAUAUCAAUUUUGUCCUUACUCACCGUUAUUCGUUAGGUAAACCUCUCAGAACGGAGCCUUGCAUGGACGAUUAAUCAAAGGACCUCUGUUACAUUACUUACUACACAAUAAUAUACAUUAAAAAAUUUCUCGAUUUUGAUUGGCUAAGAGCAUUUAAAUUUUAUUGAACUACAAAGAAAUGUGCCAAAAUGGCCCGCUUCCAUAUUCCCUUAGAAUCCCCCCCUCCAACAACAGCAAUGUGCUUAAACUACUACAAGCGUACAAGUAUUAUGAACGAAUCAAUUCAAUUUUCUUUAAUCAUUUCUUUCCUCGUACAUUAUACGGAACGGCUCCAGAUACGCCGAAUUACUUAAUGCUACUAACUUUAACAAAAAUAUCAAAUCUAGCGACUCUAUGUUCAAUGUGUUUAUUUUUGUCAACUGGACUGUUUUUAAAAACCAUUGUAGUUUUAUUGCUGAUACUAAUUUUAAACAGCUAAAACCCAUAUACACGCCAAAAAUGGUCGAAAAGACUCCUGCGCCGAACGAAUAAAACUUGACGAUUGAAUAUGUGCAGGCGAAGUGAUCGUAUACCAAACCAGGAAUUAUUUCAUCAAUGUUGCAUUCGUAUUGUCUGUUCAUCAUUUUGUCCGUUAACCAUACCAAUAUGACAAAUAUCACGGCAGCGACCACUGUUUGAACGACAGAUAUUAUGAAAUAAGAUUUCUCUAUGCUGCAGGAAUUUGGACAACAUAAACAGUUAGUGCUAUCAUUUCCCUCAAAAUCCCGUACAAAUUCCUUCAAUUUUGUUUUCACUUGACUUCUGUUUUCUGCGGACUCCCUAGAAGUUGGGUUGUUAUAAGCGUGUUUGUAACAAUCAUGCAGUAAAUCACUCAUCUGCUCCAGUGUUGGUGAUUUUAGGACGAACCAAGCAUUAUUACACACCACACAAUAACCAGCGAUGACUAUCAACACGUUCGGAAAAAAUCUAACCAUCCAAAAAAUAUCCUCACCACAUUCCGAGUUGACGUAAUCAAACAUGUUUCGACUGGUAAACUGAACGGCAAUGUCUAACGAAUCUUCUCCUUUCCGGGAUGAGUUGUAAAUCGUUGCACAAGUGAUCUUGUUUAAUGCAGAAGAGUUCUCUUGCGGCGGACAGCGUAGGACGGGUAUACACACAGGACCAGAUGCAUAGAGACCAACCACUCCACAAACGACAGCGAUCAUGACCAAAACGAGGAUAAGAUAAUCGAUGACUACAUCCCACCAAGGUUUAAGGAAUUUCUCAGCCUCGCUUUGGACGUGUAAUUUCAGAAGAUCUCCCGAG